ACACCCCCCUCUCUCUAAAAAAUGGUCGGUCCCACAUUUUAUCCCUCAAAACAAACCCCGUCCCGUUCCACCGAAUCUAAAAUACCUAGAGAAAGAGAGGGAGAGUGCUUGUCUGUUGCCUUGUCUGUAACUUCUCAUGGACGACUUCUUAUUCUUCUUGUUAUAGAUCUCGAAACCCUAGCUUUAUCUUUCAAAGAUUCUUCACAAAUUGCUGUCAAGAUUCUUUCAAGAACCACUUCUCUUCUUUCGUUGGGAGUAGAAUUGUAGAAUUUCUCCUUAUCGAUUUUUGUAGACUUUUUUCAUUGAUUUUCAAAUUAGUGUCCACUGUUAUUGAUAUUGUAUCUACAUUUUCGUUUCCGCUUCGUUGGAGACGCCGAGUUUCUACUGGUUUUGUUGUGGAGGAGCUGGCUAGGGUUUGUGAAAUUAUCGAUGGUGUUAUGGUAAAUAGUUUCAGAGAGAAAUGGAUGAAAGAGGAGGUUCAUUUGUGGCUGUGAGGAGGAUUUCUCAAAGUCUAGACCGAGGCAAUACGUGUCAUUCAACUUCAGCUGAGGUUGUGGCAGGGUCAGCUGCAUGGCUGGGUCGAGGUCUUUCUUGUGUUUGUGCACAGAGGAGAGAGAGUGAUCCUCGCCCUUCUUUUGAUCUGACUCCUGCCCAGGAGGAAUGCUUGCAAAGGCUGCAGAAUCGUAUAGAUGUUGCCUAUGAUAGUUCAAUCCCUGAGCAUAAGGAAGCUUUGAGGGCUUUGUGGAAUGUUGCUUUUCCAGAAGAAGAACUCUGUGGUUUAAUAUCUGAGCAGUGGAAGGAAAUGGGAUGGCAAGGAAAGGAUCCAUCAACAGAUUUUAGGGGUGGUGGUUUCAUAUCAUUGGAGAAUUUGCUUUUCUUUGCUAGGAAUUUUCCGAAGUCCUUCCAGGAUCUCCUUUGGAAGCAGGAAGGUGAUCGCUCGGUGUGGGAAUAUCCAUUUGCUGUAGCUGGUGUAAACAUUACAUUCAUGCUCAUUCAGAUGCUUGAUCUUGAAGCAGUCAAACCACGAACAAAGGUGGGAGCAACUUUCUUGAGGUUUCUUUCAGAAAAUGAAUCAGCAUUUGACCUUCUAUAUUGCAUCACAUUUAAACUAAUGGAUCAUCAAUGGCUUGAGAUGCGUGCAUCAUACAUGGAUUUCAAUACGGUUAUGAAAUCCACACGGCGACAACUGGAAGGGGAGCUUCUGCUUGAUGAUAUUACACGGUUGGAAGAGUUACCAUCAUACAGCCUCCUUACUUGAUAGUAUAGCAGUUCCGAAGUCUAACAAAAUGGCUUGUAGGCAGCAAGAUGUGCAUGUCAUCAUUGGGCAAAUUCUGAACCCUUUUCGGUUCUCUGUCCCAUCUCAUGUCCUAGUUUAAAAAAAAAAAAAAAAAACUAAAUUGGUGAGCCCUUUAUAACUCUUCUUGAAGCCAUGUAAGCGCAUUUCCUCGUGAUUUUUCCAGGAAAGGGUUGAGUCUAGUUUUUAAAGUGAUUGGUUGUUUUCA